AUGGCCGUCUCGGUGUUGUUAUACACCGGUGUCACUCUGACCUGCGUUGAUCGCCACUUCAUCUUUGCUACGACUUUUUCGUUCUUUUCUGGUCAAGAGGGUUUCAUGUCAGGAAUCGAGGUUGCAGGUCUUCUCCUUGGGGCUCUCCCGAUCCUUUUCAAAGCUGUUGACUUGUCCAAAGACAGCAUUCAGAGGGGCAGAUUUUUCAUUCGGAAGAGGCAUUACGUCCAAAAGCUAGCUCUUGCACUUCUUCUCCAACGGCAAACACUCGCAGAGACAGUUAGGUCAAUCCUCAUCAGAAGCGGGUGUGAGGAUAUCUUGCUCCUAGAUGAUGAUCCGGUUGGAUAUUUGAAGGAUGAAUGCGUUCAAAAUCGAAUCCUGGACUACUUGGGACCAGAAAAUGCCGCUGCAUUUACCGGGGUGCUCAAACAGUGUGAUGAUAGUGUGAGACGGAUAGCUAAGAAUAUCUCAGAUCUCGUGCCUGCUACUAAGAACCCGACAGCCGACUUGCUUGCAAUUCUAAAGUUAAAUCAAGAAGUCAAUAACAGAUGGCUGGACCUGAUUCCGAAAGCGAAAUUAGCGUUCCGAGCAAGCGAACUCAAGGGUGCCAUUCAAGACCUUGAUGAUACUACCAACGCCCUCGACCGCUUUACAAAGAUCAUAUCGUCAAAUCGUAUGCUAUUGGGAGACACGUCGUCCAGAAAAGCGACGAAACUUGCCAACGCUCUUCGCCAGUUUCGGGGGUUUGCCCACGACUUAUAUCUGGCUAUUUUUCAGGGGUGGAGGGAGGAAUGUCAUGACAAACACGAGGCGAGGCUAUUUCUCGAAGACAGAGUCGACACUGCUGCAGACGUUUUGAAAGAGGUUCGAAAAUGUGCGCCUAUAUUAUUAUUCCAGCUGGUUUUCGCGGCAAGCUCCUUGCAGGGGCAGACAUUGUGGAAUGAAGCGAUCGUGCAGGUUUUGAAACAAGGCAGCGAUGAUGAUUUAAACGUAUCCCUUGUCAGCCGGCCCUCCGAAUCAUCUCGUGUAAAGCUUGUUGUCCCGGAAAGUACGUCCGCAGGCACUGAGUUGACCUUUAUCGAUAACAUUUGUGCUGCUAUUGAAACAGCCAGAAGAGGAGAGCGGCAUAUAUCCUUUGUCCUCACUGGAAAUCAGAAGAUGGCAACGAUGCCUUCUCAUGAAGAGACGGUGAUUACGUGUCACCAAGCCGACAAGAUAACACUGAAGGCCCUGCUUCUUCGUGAUGAUAAUUCAAGUCACACUAGCACUCUUCUUCCCUUGAGACUUCGGAUGUUGCUUGCGCUCAGACUCGCCUCGAAUCUCCUUCAACUCCUACAAACACAGUGGCUGCGAAGCGGGUUGUCAAAAGAUGAUAUAUUCUUCCUGCUUCGACCGUCAGACGAUGUCAAUAAUGCCUCUCAUUGCCAUCUUCACAUCGACAUUGGCCGGCCAUUUGUGUCGCUAACUUUUGACGAUAGCAAUGCGAACGUAUUGCCCGAACAGAAUAUAGAUCCGAAGAUAGCACUUCUCGAGCUCGGAAUCUUGCUUCUUGAAAUUUGGCAUAAGACGACUCUGGAAUCUCAAUUCUCUUUGAAGGAGAGUCCCGUAGAAUAUUACGAGCGCCUAACACUGGCGUUGAAGUGGCUUGAUGACAUGAACGACCCUUUGCCGCAGCUGUAUGAUAAGGCUGCCUCACAUUGCGUCCGAGGAAUUGUCGGUGGCGAGCCCCGUUUCUGGGACUGGGAAGACAGUGGAUUCUGGAGUGCUUUCUGUGGAAACAUAAUAGAGCCUCUGUCCAGAAAUUGUAAGCAAUGGCGUUGAUUACAUUUAUCUAUAUAGGAAGGACACCUAGAAAUCAUUUGAUAUUCGUGACGUGAUAUAUAAACUUCGUGGUCUACCUGCUCGAAUGGGACCUCGAGUGUUCGCCUGUAAAUAACCUCCAACUGGGGAGGAUAGUCUUUGGCUGCUAGUCUAACUUGUUGAGGUUCUCUGGGCCAAAGAGACGCCCUCGC